CACGACCCCAGCGAUCGAUUCGGAUUCGCCGAGGCGCCGGAGUAUCGGAACGGCGUCGAAUGCCCGCCGGCCGCCGGCGCCUCGAUCAUCCACGUGGCGAUGACGCUCGACUCGGAGUACCUCCGCGGCUCAGUGGCGGCGGUGCACUCCGUCCUCCGCCACGCCUCCUGCCCGGAGAACAUAUUCUUCCACUUCAUAGCCGCCGAGUUCGACCCGGCCCCGCCGCGGGUGCUGAGCCGGCUCGUCCGGUCCAUCUACUCGUCGCUGAGUUUCAGGGUGUACAUUUUCCGGGAAGACGCCGCCAUCGUCAGCCUGAUAUCAGCCUCCGUCAGAUCCGCCCUGGAGAACCCGCUCAACUACGCCCGGGGCUACCUGGGGGACAUACUCGACCCGGCGGUCAAGCGGGUCAUAUACCUGGACUCCGACCUCAUAGUGGUCGACGACAUCAAGAAGCUGUGGGAGGCCCGGAUCGGCGCCGGAAGGGCCAUUGCGGCGCCGGAGUACUGCCGGGCGAAUCUCAGCAAGUACUUCACGGACGCCUUCUGGUCGGAGCCGCGGUGGGCGCGGGUGCUGGCGGCCGCGGGGGGGCGGCGGCCGUGCUACUUCAACACGGGGGUGAUGGUGAUGGAGCUGGGGCGGUGGAGGGAGGGGCGGUUCCGGGAGGAGAUCGAGAGGUGGAUGGGGGUGCAGAGGAGGAGGAGGAGGAUAUACGAGCUGGGGUCGCUGCCCCCGUUCCUGCUGGUGUUCGCGGGGAGGGUGGAGGGGAUCGAUCACCGGUGGAACCAGCACGGGCUCGGGGGGGACAACGUGGCGGGGGCGUGCAGGGCUCUGCACCCGGGCCCGGUGAGCCUGCUCCACUGGAGCGGGAAGGGCAAGCCCUGGGUGAGGCUGGACCAGGGCCGCCCCUGCCCCUUGGACCAUCUCUGGCUGCCCUACGACUUGUACAGGAGGUGGAAGAGGAGCGGAGAGGGACAGGGAGCAGGAAGAAGAAGGAAGAAAGACGAAGAACUGCCAGCAACACCAACACCCACACCCACACGAGCGAUAGAGAAAUGGAUCGUGGAUAGAUAAAGAUACAGGAUUAUACUACAAUAUCUUAGGCACGCGGGCAUUGACAUAACAGGCAUAGAUAGGCACAGGCAUAUAGGCUUAGACUGUACAAUUAGUUCAUUACCAGUAAACCGUUUUUCUGUUGAAAACGAAUCUAAAACACCUCGCUCGCUCGCUCGCUCGCCCGCUGACACUGUAACAAACAAUUAGUUAAUGUGUCGAUCUCGUCGGCAAUUCAUUGAUCU